AACCCAAUUGAUUUUCAUCACAAAUCGAUUCAAUCUCUUCUCAAUUCAAUUUUUCGAUCUCUGUAGAAAUGUCUGGCCGUGGAAAGGGAGGAAAGGGUUUGGGUAAGGGAGGAGCAAAGCGUCACCGGAAAGUUCUCCGUGAUAACAUUCAGGGAAUCACUAAACCGGCGAUAAGGAGGUUAGCGAGAAGAGGCGGAGUGAAGAGAAUCAGUGGGUUGAUCUAUGAAGAAACAAGAGGUGUUUUGAAGAUAUUUUUGGAGAAUGUGAUUCGUGAUUCUGUUACUUACACUGAACAUGCUAGGAGAAAAACUGUUACUGCUAUGGAUGUUGUUUAUGCUUUGAAGAGACAAGGAAGAACUCUUUACGGGUUCGGUGGUUGAUUUCGUAUGUUUUCAUCUUUUUUUUCAUUGUUGUUGAUGGGUAAUUGAAUUUAGCUGGUGUUUUGGUUAUAGAAUCAUUGUAAUUGAUGAAUUUGUGUUGAAUGAAAUAGUUCUCAUUACUAGUUCAGAUAUAA